AUGGACCUUGGUGUCACUUGCCAUUAUUUGUCAGACAGCCUGGAUCUGACGGCCUGGAUCUUUGGUUUGACUGACUUUACUAACCAAAGAAAGGCUCUUAUUGAUGGGCCAGAAGAAGAUGUGCCACUGGAGACUGCAACAACAUCUGCCAGUGCUGGUGAACAAAAUGACAACUUGUGGGCUUUACUGGACAACUCUGUAGAGUCUCAGCACCGCACCAGCAUCUGCCAGCGCUGCAGUGGACAUCCAGAGAUAUUUGAAAGAACAAAUUCUGACAAGAGCAGAGGAUCCGCUGAAGUACCGGGUGGCGUGAAAGACUUUAUAUCCCACGCUCAGCGGACGCACGGCGGAGGUGUCGCGGCGGCGCUUUGUCCCCGCUGCCGCCGUGACAGCGAGGGGUCAGGGGUCGCGGGGGCGGUGAUGUCAUCGGGAGGCGACAGAUGGAGCGGCGACAGCGCUCGCGGGGACACCUUCGGUCUGAGGGACAGUGACGAGACGCUAAUGGUCCGGGCGGGUCGGAGGUCGCGCCAGACGUUUAUCACACAGACAGCGCCCUCUACGGACACGUCAGCGCGACUCCGUAAAUCCUCUUUUCUUUUCCAGAUCUGUGACAUCGCCAUAAACUGGGCGGGAGGUUUGCAUCACGCCAAGAAGUUUGAGGCGUCUGGGUUUUGUUACGUGAACGACAUCGUCAUCAGUAUCCUGGAGCUGCUCAAGUAUCACCCGCGGGUGCUCUACAUCGACAUCGACAUCCACCACGGCGACGGCGUCCAGGAGGCGUUUUACCUCACCGACCGCGUCAUGACCGUGUCCUUCCACAAAUACGGGAACUACUUUUUCCCCGGAACAGGAGACAUGUACGAGGUGGGGGCAGAGAGCGGCCGGUACUACUGCCUCAACGUUCCUCUGAGAGACGGAAUCGACGACCAGAGUUACAGGCAGCUGUUCCAACCCGUCAUCAAACAGGUGGUGGAUUAUUAUCAACCCACCUGUAUCGUCCUGCAGUGUGGAGCAGAUUCUCUGGGCUGUGAUCGUCUCGGUUGUUUUAAUCUCAGUAUACGAGGACACGGCGAGUGUGUGGAGUUCGUGAAGAGUUUUAAGAUUCCUCUGCUGGUGCUGGGAGGAGGAGGAUACACCGUGAGGAACGUGGCUCGCUGCUGGACAUUCGAGACGUCUCUGCUGGUGGACGAGUCGAUCAGCGACGAGCUUCCGUACAGCGAAUAUUUCGAGUACUUCGCUCCGGACUUCACGCUUCACCCCGACGUCAGCACCAGGAUCGAGAACCAGAACUCCAGACAGUACCUGGAGCAGAUCCGUCAGACCGUCUUCGAGAACCUGAAGAUGCUGAACCACGCUCCGUCUGUGCAGAUCCACGACGUCCCCUCGGACAUGCUCAGCUACGAACGGACGGACGAACCCGACCCCGAGGAGCGAGGGGGAGAGGAGAACUACACCAGACCCGAAGCGGCCAACGAGUUUUACGACGGUGACCACGACAACGACAAAGAGAGCGACGUCGAGAUCUGAAACCACCCGGAAACUGCGGAACUUUUCUCUCUCCGGGUUUGAGAAGCUGCAGUUUCAACUUUUAUGGUUUAUGGUUUAUGGUUUGGUCCUGGUCCUGGUCCAGUCCUGGUCCAGUCCUGGUUUGGGUCCAGUUAGGUCCUGAUGAAGACCUGGAUUAGUCCUGGUCUAGUCCUGGUCUAGUCCUGGUUUAGUCCUGGUUUAGUCCUGGUUUAGUCCUUAUCUACAUUUGGUUUGGUCCUACACUAGUCCUGUUCUAGUUCUGGUUUAGUCCUGAUUUAAUCCUGGUUUAGUUCUUAUCUAGUUCUUAUCUAGACUUGGUUUGGCCCUGCACUAGUCCUGACGAAACCAGGUCUAAACCAGAUCUAAAACAGGUCUAAACCAGGACUAAAUCAGGAAAGAAACAAGUCUAAACCAGGUCUAAACCUGGCCUAAACUAGAUCUUAGCCAGGUCCAAACCAGGACUAAACCAGGUCCAAACCAGGACUAAACCAGGUCCAAACUAGGUCUAAAUCAGGACUAAAUCAGGACUAAACCAGGACUAAAUCAGGUCUAAACCAGGACUAAACCAAGUCUAAACCAGGUCUAAACCAGAUCCAAACUAGGUCCAAACCAGGUCCAAACCAGGACUAAACCAGGACUAAAUCAGGUCCAAACCAGGACUAAACCAGGACUAAACCAGGUCUAAACCAGGUCCAUGUGUGUGUUCUAGUCUCUGUUCUGAUCCAGUUCCAGAUUGUUCUAAACACGUUGAGGAAAAGUUCUGCUCCGUCUCGUCGGUGGAGCUUCUUUUUUCAGGAUCGAGAUCUGUGAAAACUGAGGAUCGAGUUUAGAUUCGACUUUCAGGAUCCAGUUUUUUUUUUUUUUAUCUGUUUGUCCAAACUGCAGCUGACCAAACCAGAUCUUUUGUUUUCUGUCUUCUCAUUCCUCUCUUUUUUUUUUUCGUCUGAACUGUAUAAACGUCUGAAUUAUUCUCUGUCGUGCUGCUGAGGCGGGGACGGGGAAAUCGGGCUCACGACGAUAACUGCGCCACGUCGACGAUGGACAUUUAACGACAAACCACACGCCCGAACCCAGAGCCCCGAACCCAGAGCGACACGCCGGCCGCUUUUACACUCGAGUGUGUGCGUCUUUUUCAUAUCGUCGUCUUGUUUUUAAUAAAAUUAUGACUGUAUAAA